GUUAGUUUCGUUUCAAGCGUCACUGAGAUCACAGAAGCAACAUGAAGUUCGCCGUUGUCGUAGUCCUGUUCGCUUUGGCCUGGGGAGUCAACAGCUCGGUGGUGCCUCUGCUGAGCUCCAUCCACGGAGGAGUGGUGGUUGGAGCCCCCGCCGUCGCCGGUUCGGUGGCCAUCCAGGCAUCUGCUGUUCCCGCUGCCGUUCCCGCUGCCGUCCCCCUGGCCCUCUCGCCGGCCGGACCCGUGCUCAUCCAGUCUGGACCCGCUGUUGUUGCCGCUCCAACGGUGAUUGCUGCCCAUGGUCCCGCCGUGGUGGCUGCCCCUGCUCCCGCCGUCGUGGCCGUCGCCGCUCCGGAGGCCAGCUAUGUGGCCAAGACCCGUGGAGCCGUCCACGUGGCCCCUCUGCCCGGGCAUGUGCAGUCCGCUGCCUCCGUGAACCUGGAACCCGCACCAGGCACCUGGUAA